AUGGACACGACUGAGCGCGUUCAAAUAGCUUCAACUUUCUUGCUGCAGUCACCACCUGGUGAGAUCAAUGACGUGCUCAAUGCACCAGAUGUCCGUAACAUUAUUGGAGACGAUGAUCUCCUGCAAGAAGGCAUACAUCCCGCGUUGAGAGAGUACAACAUUGCCCAAUUUACUACCGUGGACGUUCCUGGAACAGGUCAUCAGUCCAUCAUCAGCGAAGCCGCUAGACUUCCGGCAGAGAAUUUGGAUGAAGCUCAGGAGAGGUUUUUAGAUCCAAGAUCUAAAACGAGCUUUGUGUUUGACCAUCUCAGUCUUGAAGCAUCUAAUCCUCAAUCGUUUGAACCAGAUGCUGAGCAUGAAUCAUUCCGGGUUGCUUUACAGACCGCCGCUCUGCUGUAUCUAUCGUCGCAUUUCCAGGAUGGCGUGGCAUCCGUUUUUUUCUCAACCAAAGAUGAGGGCCCCGAGUUCGUCAUUCAGGUUGUCGCCAAUAAGUACAACCCCACCAAUUUCUGGUCUGGGAGAUGGCGAUCAGAAUACGUCGUUAAUUUGACGGAGAACACAGUGGUCGGGAAAAUACUAGCGAACGUUCACUAUUAUGAACAAGGGAAUGUGCAACUGUCGACGACACACAAUAUUUCCUUCACCCUUCCUCCUGCCAUCAUUUCAGCCCCUUCCAACACGGCGGCAUCCAAAAUUAUUGCGCUCAUUGAAGACGAAGAAGGAAAAUAUCAGAUUUCGUUGAACGAUACCUAUCAGGAGAUGGGGGAGAAAACAUUCAAGGGCCUUCGUCGUGCUUUGCCUCUUACACGUCAGAAGAUAGAUUGGGAUAAGGUUUUGGGAUACAAGCUUGGAGCAGAGCUGUCAUCGAGCAAAGGGAUGUUUGGUAAUUCAUAG